GUCUCCGUCCCGUCUUUUUCGCAGAAAAGGAGAAUUUCUUUUCUUCCACUCCCGCUCCCGCUCCCACUCCGCCCCCUCGGUCAAUUCGGCUGGGGGCCACAUCAGAUACGGGCCAAGAAAUCGACGGGACUGAGCUUUACCUCUGCCCAUCUUAUCAAUUGGUAGUAGAUGCGCAAGGCCACCAUCAUGUCCUCCCAAGUCGACAACAAGAUUGUCGCGGCGGCCUCGUCGAGCGAAGCGGAGAAGCGAGAGCAACAACAGGAACAAGAACAGCAACAGCAACAGCAACAGCAACGAUCCAACGGCAGCGACGAGAAAACCCCCAAUACCGUAGGCACAGACAUGCUGGGCUCAACCUCGCCGGCCACAGCCGAAUUGGGCCACAAAUCCUUCGGUGUGGCCCGCAUUGAGGCCAUCACCUCGGUCAUGACCCGCUUCGAUCGCAUCUUCAUCUUCCUGGGUGUCUUCCUCGUCUCGUACGCCUACGGCCUCGACGGCACCUUGCGCUACGCCUACCAACCCACCGCCACCGCCUCGUUCCAGAGUCACUCCCUUCUAUCCACCGUCAACGUGCUGCGCUCCGUUAUCGCCGCCGCUGCCCAGCCCACCUCGGCCAAGAUCGCCGACGUCUUCGGUCGCGUCGAGCUCCUCUGCGUCUCCGUCUUCUUCUACGUCCUCGGCACCGUAGUCGAGACCGUCUCCGACGAUGUCCAGGCCUUCUCCGCCGGCGCCGUCAUCUACCAGGUCGGCUACACCAUGAUCAUACUCCUCGUCGAGGUCAUCAUCGCCGACAUCACCUCCACCCGCGCCCGUCUCCUCUUCUCCUACAUCCCCGCCACCCCGUUCCUCGUCAACACCUGGGUCAGCGGCGACAUCUCCCAGGCCGUCCUCGACAACACCACCUGGCGCUGGGGCAUCGGCAUGUGGUGCAUCAUCUACCCCGCCUGCGCCCUCCCGCUCAUCGUCGCCCUCUCCAUCGUCGCCCGCCGCGCCCGCCAGCGCGGCCUGCUCGACAAGCACAAAACGCCCUUCCAGGCCCUCGGCUGGCGGAAGGGCUGGGUCGACCUCUUCUGGCGCCUCGACGUCAUCGGCAUCGUCCUCGUCAUCGCCAUGUUCGCCCUCAUCCUCGUGCCCAUGACCAUCGCCGGCGGCUUCGAGUCGCAGUGGUCCCGCCCCCACGUCAUCGCCCCCCUCGUCGUCGGCAUCUGCGUCAUCCCCGUCUUCUUCUGGUGGCAGACCCGCUCCCCGCACGCCCUCGUCCCCUACUGGCAGAUGAAGGACCGCGGCAUCUGGGGCGCCCUCGGCAUCGCCUUUUUCCUCAACUUCGCCUGGUACAUGCAGGGCAACUACCUCUACACCGUCCUCAUCGUCGCCUUCGACAUGAGCGUCAUGACCGCCACCCGCGUCACCUCGCUCUACUCCUUCACCUCCGUCCUCGUCGGCUUCCUCCUCGGUUUUGUUGUCUACAGGGUCCGCCGCCUCAAGGUCUUCAUCGUCAUCGGCACCUGCCUCUUCCUCGUCGCCUUCGGCCUGCUGAUCCACUACCGCGGCGGCGUCUCCGACUCCGCCCGCGCCGGCAUCAUCGGUGCCGAGGUCCUCCUGGGCGUCGCCGGCGGCAUGUUCCCCUACCCGGCCCAGGCCUCCCUGCAGACCUCGCUCCGCCACGAGCACCUCGCCGUCAUGACCGCCCUCUACCUCGCCACCUACAACGUCGGCUCCGCCUUUGGCAACACCGUCUCCGGCGCCUUCUGGUCCCAGCUCCUCCCCGGCACCCUCGCCGACAGGCUCGCCCAGUUCAACAACGACACCAUCGCCACCAUGACCUACGACGACCCCUUCACCGCCGUCGCUUUGUACCCCGUCGGCACCCCCGAGCGCGAGCAGAUCAUUGCCGCCUACCAGCAUGUCCAGCGCUUGCUGUGCAUCACCGGUAUCUGCCUCUCCGUGCCCCUCGUCGCUUUCGCUAUCUGCAUGCGCAACCCCAAGUUGAACGACAAGCAGACUUUGGCGGAGGAGUCGUCAUCGGACGAUGAGAGCGCUCGCAGGGUUUAGAAUAGAGGUGAAAUUU